CCCGUCAGCCUCCGCGGCAUCACCCAUGCGCCGCAGUCAAUCAGCUGUUGAGGCAACUGCUGACUCUCUCGGCACUAGGGUAGCUCGUUUGUCAUAUCUAACCCCGGCUGAGGCAAACAGAAAUAUCUUUAUUCACAGAGUCCCCAAAAGCUCAUCAAACAUGCAGGAUGAUUUACUGAUGGACACAAAGAAAGCCCCGGCUCACCAUCAGCAAGAUCCGACGCACGCAGAUCUUCUUUCCUCGACCCCGUCAUCGGAUCCCACUUCUUCAUCAUCCGAGUCGGAGAGUCCAUCGAGUGGCAGCGGCCAAGUGUCCCCAGCACUGAUCAGCAGCAGUAAGGACAAAGUACCCAUGGAGUCGCCGAUCCUGCCCGGGUUGAGCUUUCACCAGGAGACCGGCGGCCCCCUGUCCUCCCCUUCCUCCACGUUUGGGAGCACCUGGUCCACGGGAACCACGAACGCCGUGGAUGACAGCUUUUUCCAGGGAAUAACCUCCUUGAACGGAACGAUGCUUUUCCAGAACUUCCCUCACCACGUCAACCCGGUGUUCGGUGGCAAUUUCUCUGCGCAGAUCGGUCUGGCUCCUCAGUCCCAACAACAGAGGAGAUCCCCCGUCAGUCCCAGUCAGGGCCCGUUCCCCCCCCAGAGGAACGCUUAUCAUACCAUCAUGAACAACAGCAAGGGGUCAUCAUCUUCUUCUGCCGCGUCCCCCGCUUGGAAUAACCACCAGAACGCGGCGUGGAGCGCUGCGUCCAACCCCUGGAGCGGGCUGCAGAUCGGCAGGGACCCGCGCAGGGGAGUUGGGUUGCCCUCACCCCUAAACCCCAUCUCCCCCAUGAAAAAACGUUAUAACAGCAAUGUUAUAGCACCCCCAAAGUUCCCAAGAGCUGGUCCCCUCACUCCCAAACCUUGGAUCGAGGACACCACCACCUUCAGGACCGACAACUCCAACAACAUACUGCCUUUCCAGGACCGGAAUCGGCCCUUUGAUGCAUUUAGCUUACACUCUUUGGAGAACUCCUUAAUGGAUAUGAUAAGGACCGACCACGACAAAGGACGAAUGGGCCUCAACUUUCAUCAUCCUGGAGCAGACCACAUCAUGCCAUUAAAUACUCGGAGUUUUGGUCGCAGAAGAGGCCGUUCUUCUCUGUUCCCAUUUGAAGAUGGUUUCCUCGACGAUGGUCACGGUGACCCCUCCUUGACUUCUGGCCUGAACUCGCCAACGCGAUGUCAGAAUGGAGAGAGAAUGGAACGCUACUCCAGGAAGGUCUUUGUUGGAGGGCUCCCCCCUGACAUAGAUGAAGAAGAAAUCACCAACAGUUUCCGUCGCUAUGGCCACCUGGUUGUGGAUUGGCCCCACAAAGCUGAGAGCAAAUCCUACUUCCCACCUAAAGGCUAUGCCUUCCUGCUCUUCCAGGAAGAGACCUCAGUCCAGGCUCUGAUCGACACCUGCAUCGAGGAGGAUGGCAAGCUGUACCUGUGUGUGUCCAGUCCCACCAUCAAAGACAAACCAGUCCAGAUCCGUCCAUGGAAUCUGAGUGAUAGCGACUUCGUUAUGGACGGUUCUCAACCUCUGGACCCCCGUAAGACCAUCUUUGUUGGGGGGGUGCCGCGGCCUCUGCGUGCAGUGGAGCUGGCCAUGAUCAUGGACCGCCUGUACGGCGGUGUUUGCUACGCCGGCAUCGACACGGACCCGGAGCUGAAGUACCCAAAAGGGGCGGGUCGCGUUGCCUUCUCCAAUCAGCAGAGUUACAUUGCUGCAAUCAGCGCUCGCUUUGUUCAGCUGCAGCACAACGACAUCGACAAAAGGGUGGAGGUGAAGCCGUACGUCUUGGAUGAUCAGAUGUGUGACGAGUGCCAGGGUGCACGCUGCGGGGGGAAGUUCGCCCCCUUCUUCUGUGCCAACGUCACCUGCCUGCAGUACUACUGUGAGUACUGCUGGGCCAGCAUCCACUCGCGAGCUGGCCGAGAGUUCCACAAGCCACUAGUUAAGGAGGGAGGCGACCGGCCUCGACACGUGUCCUUCCGCUGGAGCUGAGGGGGGAGGUCAGGAGUCAGCCCCGCCCUGGUGAACCCGCCCACUGAGCAAACCUUGCUCCACCUUGCUCCCCACAGACCCCUUUGUGAGAAAAACAGAAAGGACGAUAUCAGAUAUGUGGGACAUCAUUUCAUAGCACACGCCUCUGAACUCAUUGUGUAGUGUUCCCCUCAGAGAAAUGCAUUGUGGGGGGAACAGAAACGAGAAAAGCUAUCCGCUUAGAAUUUGCACUUCAGCACAAAAACUUACACACAGGAUGGUUUGUUAGCCACUCGGCUGCUUUGAGUGACCCGUUGUGUCGACGGCGCGCUGCAUCCUGCUGGAGCCGCGCCGACUGACACAGAGGCGGGACCACACAGAUAUUUAAAAGUGUAUUUUGUUUAUUUAUGGCUAUCUAUGUAGAUCAUUUAAAUUUUAUGUAAAAGAAGCAUGCACUCUUUCUCAAAUGCUGUAAUAAUGUUGCCCCAAGUUAAAAAAAAAAAAAAGAAAAAAAUCAUUACCAAAGGCAAAUGAUGUUAAAAAGAAAACCAGUCUGGAUAAGAUGCAGCAGCAAGUUCUCUCUUAGUUCUCCUAACGGCCAGAGUAAAACUAACACGGCAAUCUAGACUCUGAAAAUGUUAAUACCUCACGUGCACAAUCAGAUUAGUUUGCUUUUGAUUUGUAGCUCUUUAUUUUUGUAAGUUGAUUUUUUUUGUGUGUUAUAUAAAUGUAAUGCUGCAAUAGCUUUGCUGCUAAAUCUAUGGUAUGAACACCUACCAUAAUACUUUAUUCAGGCUAAGGUGUAAAAUAAUAAACGAUCGUAGUUCUGAGUGACAGGAUGUCAUAGGGGAGGAGGUGCGUCCUAGUCAACGAUGGCUAACUUUGUGGGGGUCAGGGUGGGUCAUCCCUAACUGCAUGUUGUUUUUUUACACACCCCCCUUCCCAUCAGGUUGCUGCAUGCAAUAGAAUUUUCAGUAUCAGUCUGCUUGCACAACACUUUCUAAUUGCACCAAAAUGGACGUAAACGGGGAUCGCGAACUGCCGUCAAACAAGCGGCCACACUGGGUGGGGGUGGGGGGGCACCUUAGGAGUCACCAACUAAAUGUAGGAUUACCAUUUAAAACUGUCUACGAUAAGUGAAGUACUUUUUUGCAGUGAUUGUCGAUAUAAUUGUGCAAUUUUUUUUUGAUACCAUGUGUAGUUAGGACUGAGUAC